GUCAGGACUCCUGCAUGCUGCUCAGCAGACGCCAAUGCGGAAUGUACACAGGCUGAGCCUCGGGCGCCCCUCUCCUUGCUGCUUGUGGUCAGAUGUUCAGGUGUGCUUGUAGCGCCAUGGAGCUGAUGCGCUGCUGCUGCCUGUUGUACAGCUGACAUUGGGGCUAGUUUGCGCUUACUUAGUAUAGGGAAUGACUCGGUUCAGCCUGGUGGCGCAACUUGGUAGGAACUCGGACCAGAGCAGGGCAGGCUUUUGCCCUCAAGUUUCGAAGUGAUCAAGACUAUUGGGCAACAAGAGACCGUGUUUGGCUGCUCAGUGCAACGAAGAAGAGUGCAUCAGGUACGCAUCUGAAAAGACAAUGAAUCUGAUGAAGCUCUAAUAUAUGUUUCACCAUCCAGUGAACGUAUUCUUCUGAUGCUGCUUCUGAUCGUGAGGUCGACGAAGAGCUGCAAGUGAGAAGAGGUUCGACAGAGCUGCUAUUGGCAUGCAUAUAAUACGAGGUUGCGCCUCUUCAACCUGGUGCAAGUGAGCCAAGACCAGGGGGUUGUACUAUGGGAUUCGUUAGAGUUCUCAGCAACCUGGCCGGGUCGAUCGUGUUAAAAAAAGAGGCUAACCUGUGACAGAAAGCAGAGGGGGGUCAGCUGCUCAACACAUAAAAAAAAGCAGCUGCUGAUUGGUUCUUUCCACAGAAUCGUUCAAAAACUUAUCAGCAAUCAGGUUUUAAAGAGUGGCUGUAUGUCACGAUUCUUCUCGGCCCAAGGCCAACUCGCCAUCUGGACCCGAACUGCUUCAUUCAGGCCGGUCUAGAUCAGUUUCUCGAAGGCCAUGGUGGGUGGGGAUGGUCCAGCAUCAGUUGGGGCUCCAGCUGACCCUCCCCUCUCAACUGGCCCGCCCCUUACAGCCAACCCGCACCUUGCGCCGAUCAGCAACGGCGAGUCAAGCACACUGGCAGGUUCGAGAAGCGCGCAGUCGCUCGAUGGCGCACAGGAAGGCUUCGCAGAAAAGGCAAACGAGGUGUAUCAGCCAACGAGCCCUAGAUACUACAGCAUGCGCACACCAGAGGAGAUCAAGGCCACGCGAGCGGCGAGCGAGAAGCGGCGCCGCACCGGGGAACCCUUUCUGGAGGGCUUUUUCGAAGCUGGGCACCCAAGGGCACCCAAGAACGAGGAUGGCCGCCCGACCGAACCAGGCGGAAGCGCCCGUGCACUUCAUCCAGAGGCGCCCUCUAGAAGCACCCUUGUUGCGCGUACCAACCGCGCUGGCUCAACGGGUGUGGACAACCAGGCGCCUGCUUCCAUCCCUGUUCUGCAUGGCCUCUUUGACCCCAGCUACUUCCACGAUUUUCAACGCAGGCUGAGAGAGGAAGUGGCAGCUUCGCAGGAGCUCGAAGCAGCCACCACCGACUCACAGGACAACGGCGACCCAGAGGGCAGGCCCCCGGGCCUUAUAACGAAGAUGACGAGCACCCCCUCCGGCCAGGGGGGCGCUGGCGCUCCUGGUGAAUCCAUGGACGUUGACAGUCGGCCACAGCCGUCCAGCGCCCAUUGCAGCCAGGCAAGCAGUGGCAGCAACCAGCAGCCGCCGCGCGCCUUCAGUGGAGAGGAGUCGCAGAAAACGGAGUCAGAAGGGGAGGGCGAGGACGUUGAGGGGGCGGGGUUUGAGAGCGUGCACGAAUCCUCAGACGAAGAGACGUCCCAGGAUCGUGCAAUGAUCGACGACGCGCCUCAGGAAGAGGAGAACGAAGUGGUGCAGUACGGCCGGAUGAUUGCGGCGAUGGAGACAGAUUCGGACGCAGAGGGCUUCUCCCAGGUGCUGGCGAAGCUCAAGCGCCGCGCGCCGAAUGUGGAGACCAACCCGGCCCCAAGCAACCGCCGGCGCCGCGUGCUGCUCUCACCCUCCGACUCCUCGAGCGAGGAUGAGGGCAGCUCGUCCCCUGUUCGCAGCCAGGCCCCGAGCGCCAAGCACCCCCCCUUGCCGGAGGAAGGGGAAGCGCUUGGGGCGGACUGCCCGAUGCCGGACGACCCCUUGUGGGAGCCCGAGGAUGACGCCUGGUUGUACGACCUUUCGCCAGAGGACCUUGCCUGGUCGGACUAUGUCGCGGACUUCGUCGACCUGAGCUUGGAGGACGACUUCGCCCAAGCGUGCGAGAUCGUUCCACAUUCGCGCGGAGGCAGCAGCCAGGCCACAGCUGCCAAGGGUGCUCCGAUCGCCCUCGAUGCAGCCGAGCCAUCCUCGCUGAGCAAUUGGCUCACUUCGCCCUCCGUCCCCGUCCCCGUCCCGAGCGCCGCGGCUGCCCAGAGCGCCAUCGGGGCGGCCCAACAGGAGCAGACCCUACCUGCUGCGGCCCAGAGCUCAGGGGGCGCAACCAACGCCACCCAACCGCCCCCUGCUCCCCGCCUCGUACCCGAAGGCGUUGCAGUGCAGGAAACGAUGCCCUUCCCCCAGGUACCCAGCCUAGCUGACGUGGGGGGGGCGUCACGAGUCGACCCCAUCGUGGCCGCCGCUCAUCACUUGCACACGCAUGGUGUGGCGGCGCUGACGUUCAACAUGAAAGUCUCGCUGAACGACAAGGGAGAGGAGAAGAAAGCGCCGGCUGGCCUCAUGCCAGAGUGGCAGAAGAAGUGCGAUCUCGGCAACUGUUUGCGCCAAGGAGUCCGGCCUGGCAGAGCCUGCCUUGCGAUCGUGACCGAACCCUCGGACCUCAUCGUCCUCGACGUCGAUACGAAGGACGAAGGGGUGGAGACCUUCGAGGAAGUGCUAGCAGAACACGGCCCCUUGCCUGACGAUACCCCUUGGGAGUGGUCCGGAACGAGGCCUGGGAUGCACUUCUUCUUCUCCCUCUCGCAGUCCAAGGCCGCCGGGUUGCUGAGCGGCGCCAACAGGACUAAGCUGACGUACAAGGGCCAAAAAGUGGGGCUUGACACGCGCGGCGAGGGGGGGAUGGUCUUCGUGGGCCCCAGCAGCUACAAGAGCCUGGAUGGCACAGUGCGCUCGUAUGAGUGGGUGCAGGAGAUCGCCCAAGACCGCUCCAACCUCCGAGCUAUGCCCGGGUGGUUGAUCGGAAUCCUCAACGACAGCAGCGCGCCCUCAGCAGCACCAGGGGCAGCGCCAUUGGCCCCCGCUCGCUUCGCUGAGGGCCUCAAUGCCGACGGAGUCGAGUUGCCCCCUCCGCCGGCGGUCCUGGAGCGCAUCAAGAAAUGCCUUGCAGACGUAGGAGACACCUCUUCGCGCUUCGACAAGCUCAAGAGGUUCCCUGGGGGGCCGGACCUGUACGCCUAUCGCGUUAGCGGCGCACGCGUGUGUCCGUAUGGUGUGAGCCACAGCGGCUCGAACAACUUUUGUGUCCUGGUACGUGGUCGCGGUCUUUUCUACAAGUGCAACAGCUCCGAGUGCUGCGACGUUCAUCCGCAGCGCAAGAUCGGGGAGCUCACGGCACAGGAGAGCAUGGUGUGGGGGGCGAGACGGCCUCGGUUGCUGAGGACGACCUGA